CCAUGGAGAAGACUUUUCCACCUCGGCAUUAUUUUCUGGAUUUGCAGGAUGACGGUUGUACACAGAAAUUCAUUGGCCUGUUUGCAGCGGAUUCUGUGGCUGCAUAUAGUCUUCCUGUGGUGUCUUUUGUCGCUGUUUGCUCAACAAAAUGUCGCUGAAGAAAAAAGGAGAUAUGCCUUUCAAGACUUAUGUGAUCGCUAUUCUCUGGAUGCUGUUUACUACGAAAAAUUCAAACCAACAACCGCUGAAAUUAUUAAACAGCAGCAGAACUUUGUUAACAAGAUCGCAGAUUUAGUGUCUGACAGUCUAAUCAGAGUUAUGGCAGAUUUGCCCGACAGAGAUGUUUCCAGCAACGAAGAGCGCAGAAUUUUCAAUCAAUUCCAGUCCGUGAAAUCGACGUUUGGAAGUCGUGUGAAAAAAAUUCAACGCAACAUAACGUCUGUAUUUGAAUCUCUGGUGGCCACACACUUUGACCUCAUGUACGACAACGGAAAAACCUCUUUGCAGGAAUACCUCAACAAAACCUUGAACAUGACAGAAUCCUACUCUGGAGCAAGAAAGUCUUUAGACUCUAAUAUUGGUUCAUUCUCGACGUUUAUUAAGUCAACUAUCAGAGAUGGACUCGAAGGAAUAAAAGCGGCUGCACAAGAUGCUCUUAGACAUGUAGAGGAAAAAAAGAAGAGGAAAAAGGCUGAAGAUGACGAAGACGAUGAAACGGAGAAAGACAGUGAGGAAAGUUCCUCUGAUGAGGAAGAUGACGUUAAUAUUAGAACUGAGGAGGACAAAGAGAAGUUUCUGGAAACAAAACGUCUAGAAAUUGCCGAGAUGAUCGUCCCAGGAUUCUUGGGCAAUGUCACUAUGGAAGUACUGAAACGGAAGAUUGACCUUCACAGGAAGGUCAACGUCACAGCAGAAGAAAGAGAAUCCCCUUUCGAUGAUCUGCUUUUUGAUAUCUUGAUGAUUCGAAAUCGCAUUCGAGCUAUCAUACAACCAGACAUAAGCGACGAUAAAGGGUCAGUGGACUUGGCAAGGCGCAGUGUGUACACCUACUGGGCAGAAUUGGCAAAUAAAAUGUACAAAGAGCGUGUAAGAAGCAAGGAAGAACAAAGUGAGAAGGAAGAAGCAUCAGAGGAACAACUUGUGGAAAAGAUACUUAAUAUGAUGGAAAACUAUCCUUGACGACCAUUAUUGCAGUGUACAAAGCAUCUGCAGCUUAAAUAUGAAAAAGUACAUAUCAUGUAUUAUUACAGUAUUAAUACUGUGGCUCAUUCAUCUUGCAUCAGAUAAUUUUAUUAUUCACCAACUUUUCUUUUGAAAAUAAAAAU